GACAUUCUUCGUCUGCGGACAUCCCAAAUCCAUGUCAACUCCAGCUACAAUAUAAAACGUACCACGACCCAAGUGGAGACUCCCAUCCUCUAAGCGGAUAGCUCGUCUAUCUUUGGCGUCGAAAGCCCUCGGUCGUUCGAUUAUCGUCAGACGUACUCCUCCAGGCGCUGGUCGAACGACAUCAACCUUCAGGGUGUCAUCGUCCCGUAUCUCCAUACCAAAACGUAUCAUUGAACACCAAAGACGCCAAAAUCUCAACCUAUAACAUGUCUUCACACUCCGAUCCUAGUCAGAAACCUGCCUCUACUCCAUCCAAACCUGCCGCUGCCCGUUACAUCUCCUCCUCUGGUCACAUCUUAGAGACUCCUCCCCUCUCCGCUCGCCUUUCUCGUUUCUCCACAGAUGUCUACAAUUUCCUAGGUCUGUACAUUGUGUCGCUGUUCAGUCUCGACCCUUAUACUGCUGCUCAAACGAGUUCGUUCAAUACCAGCGGGCCUGGACGAGGCAGUGGCGUACAGAGCAGAGCAAGAUGGGGGUCUGCUGGUCCUGCUACUAGGAAUGGUAAUACUGGUGGUCGACCUGGUGCGGGCUCGGGGGGUGGGGGUGGAACUGGACGGCGUUUGGGACAGGUCAAUGACAUUCGAGAGCCAGAGUGUGGAAGCUGUGGCUGAGAUACUGGUAGUCCUGCGGGGGAACAGUCGGCCACAAUUGGACACCUUGUAUGAAAUUUGGUGACUUUCUCAUUUCUGGCACGUCACAGGUCGAGUAUCAUGGUCAUCUUGCCAGGGUCUUGUCUGCCGACCCAGAGGAUUAGAGAUCCGUCCAGACGCCUUCAGCACGUUGUGCUUCUUGUAUGCAGCCGCACGAUCAUCCCAUCGUCGCAUAUCCAUGGAUGCUAAUGCAUCUUUGUAGGAUCCCAUAUGUAAGUGGUGGAACGGUAAGAAGACUAGAAAAAUCGAAAAAUGGCACAUGCUUGUUACUGGUCAAUCUCGAAGAGCAUGAAAAGUCGACAUACAGAUUGUCAAAGCAAAAUCAAUUGGUGCGAAUUGCCAUCACAGGUUAAGAUAGCUAUC